CAUUCGACUGUCCAGACUUGUUGUCGUCUGAGGCCGUUCCUAAUUUUUUGUGUUUAUAGAUUCUGCAUAUUAUCUCAAAGGAAUGUCAUAUUUUCUUAAUAGAGAUAAAACAGCAGCGACGAUCGCCUGUCAAAUAGAGCUAGAAUAGUUGUAUCCUGUUAUAAGAGAAUAACUACAAUUACUAUACUGAAGUUUUCUCAAGUUACAGCUCGCUAGCUAACGUUAUCGUUCGGGCUGGGUGUGGACUGCCAAUGGCGUGUGUAGAGACAUCAGAUGACAGAGUAGGAGAGGUCCUGCUGAAAAGAGUGAUGCAGGAGCAGCUGGAUGAGGUGUUGUCAUCAGAAGUCCCGGUAGUGGUCUCCACAGAAACCCAGGAAUUGGAGAGUGAGCAGGAGCAGAAGAUGGUGUUACAGCUGGCUGUGAUGAUACGUACCAUCGGAGACGCCUUCAAGGAGAACAGGGAGCUGGACGACAACAGUGUGAUAGAUGGAAUGGUGGGGCAAAUGACCAGCAAGCCCAGCUACUGGAAGUUGGUAGAAAAGGUAUUUGAGGACGGUCAAAUCACCUGGGAGAGAAUUGCUGUUCUGUUCUACGUAGCAGGGAGGAUAGCUGUCAAGGUGGUGAUUGCUAACCUCCCCGAGUUAGUGAAGGACAUUCUGAAGUGGACUCUGGAGUACUUCAGAAGCAAAUUACUGGACUGGAUCCAGAAACAUGGAGGAUGGAUGAACAGUUUCGCUGAGCUGGCACGUGUACAGGUGGAGAGGAUAUCCUCUAUGAGCGCCCGGUCCUCAGGACUCAUCCUGGUCUUCCUCGGAGGUGUCAUAAUGGGUAGUGUUAUCACCUGGAAACUGGUCAGGAGGACCUGACACACACACACACACACACACACACACACACACACACAUACAUACACAGUCCCACUCCGGUUCAAACGCAAUUGUUUGACAUGACAUGCAAACGUGUGGGCGUGCACACACACACACACACACACACAAAUACAUUUGUUUACCUAGUCUAUGUAUUAUUAGUUACCUACCUUCUGGUUUGCUCUGGAUAAAUAAGAUGACCAGAUGCUGCUGGAAGUGGUGUUGGAGAGCCAGUAGGAGGCACUCUUUCCUCUGGUCUAAAACAAAUAUCUCCCAAUGUCCCAGUGCAAAGAUUGGGGACAUUGCCCUCUGUCGGGUGCCGUCUUUUGGAUGGGACGUUAAAACGGUUGUCCUGACUCUCUGUGGUUAAUAAAGAUCACAUGGCACUUAUCGUAUGAGUAGGGGUGUUAACCCCGGUAUCCUGGCUAAAUCCAUCUGGCCCUCAUACCAUCAUGGCCACCUAAUCAUCCCCAGCUUCUAAUUGGCUCAUUAAUCCCUCUUCCCUGUAACUAUUCCCCAGAUCGUUGCUGUAAAUGAGAAUGUGUUCUCAGUCAAUUUACCUCAACUUAAAUAAAAUGAAACUCAGUGCCUUCAGAAAGUAUUCACACCCCUAGACUUUUUCUACAUUCUGUUGUUACAAAGUGGGAUUAAAAUGAAUUGAAUACUUUUUUUGUCAACGUUCUACACAAAAUACUGUAUUACAUCUCUGCACUUAGAAAAAGAGAGCCAUCUGCACUGCUAUUUUAGUUUUCAGUUAAUCUGAUUGAAUAUUCUCUCAUCAUUGAUUUCAUCUACUUAUCUCAGCAAUUUCAGGGUUUUCUGUAUAGUUAUCUAAUGGUGUGGCAUAUUAUUCUGUUUUAAUGUUACUCUUGAAUCACAAAAAAUCUUAAACACUACUGUUGCUCACAGAGUGAGUCCAUGCAAUUUAUUAUGACUUGUUAAGCACAUUUUUACUCCUGAACUUAUUUAGGCGUGCCAUAACAAAAGGAUUGAAUACUUAUUGAC